AGGGCAGUCGGGCAGCGGGCGGCGGGUGUGCGGGUCGGGGCGGAGCGAGGGGCGCGGGUGGCCGCGGUGGGAUCGCCGCGGCUGAGGAGCCGACGGCUCUGACGCGGACUGAACCCGCCUAGGAGCGGUCCCGGCCGGGGGCGCCCAGCGAACUUCACCGAGAGGCCACUCGGUCCUCGGCCGCAGUCGCUCGUCUCAGACUGACGGCCGGGCGCACCAUGGCGUCCUCGGCUCGCCUGGUCACUAUCAAGCGGAGCGGCGACGACGGCGCACACUUCCCGCUGACCCUCAGCUCCUGCCUGUUCGGAAGGAGUAUUGAAUGUGACAUUCGUAUCCAACUGCCUGUAGUGUCAAAAAAACACUGUAAAAUUGAAAUCAUUGAGCAGGAGGCAAUAUUGCAUAAUUUCAGUUCCACAAAUCCAACACAAGUAAAUGGGGCUACUGUAGAGGAGCCUGUGCCGCUGAAGCAUGGAGAUAUAAUUACCAUCAUUGACCGAUCUUUUAGGUAUGAAAAAGGAAAUCAUGAGGAUGAAAGCAGAUCAUCGGGAUUUCCAGGAAAAUCAUUUGGACAGGAACCCGUGCAGCGAGCCUCAAGAGCUAGCUUCUCUGAUGAUCCCGAUGAGAAAGGUCAAGAUGCCAAUGCUUCAAAAACCACUGCUUCAAGAAGAUCUUUGGUGCAUGCCAAGAGGCUCUCUGGAGACAGUUCUGCCUCAGGUGGUUCAAAGGACAGUGUUACCCAAGAUCCCUCCAAUACCUGUUCUUCAGGGCAUGUAGAACAGCACAGUGACAGAAACACAGAAGAGCCCACUUCUGGUGUUAUUUUUAAGAAGUCCAGGGCUACAGGGAGCAGUUACAGGGAACUGAAGUCUUCUCCUGCACAGAGCCUUAGCAACAGCAAGAAAAAUGAAUCUCCCUUUGAGAAACUUUAUCAGUCAAUGAAGGAAGAGUUGAAUAUAAAAUCACAGAAACAGUCUCGUAGGAAGUCAGAACCACAACCUGAAUGUGCAGCAGGAAAAGAAACGUGGGAGACAAAGCUAUUGGUGUCAUGCAAGUCAAGAGCAAAAUCCAGUGGAAGCACCCCUGGUCCUGCAGUCUCUUCACCCAAAGUAGGGAAGAUCUGGACUGAGGACCAGAGUAGUGCUGUGGGGCCUCUUCAGACUUCCUCAGAGGCUCUGAGUUCCAGCUUCUCGCUCGCUGAGACAGCUAAAAUGAAGACCCCUGUGCAGGAUUCACAGCAACUUAAGAAUGAAGAGUCCCAUGUUAGUGGCAGAAGAGAAUCUGUGAAUCUGAAUGAAAGUGAAGGUGCCAAGGCAGAUUAUAAGAUAGUCACUCCUAGGAAGCCGGCAACUAGAAACCAAACUCCAGUGAAAGUGGAAGGUGCUGCCAGCCCUGCUGGUAAACCAGAAAACCUCUCUUCCAAAAAGAGGAAGAGUCUUCCUGCAAAGAUAGAAGUGCCGUCUGUGGAAACACAAAGCCAGUUCUCUUCAACUCAUCACCUUGCUUCAGAUGAAAAGAAAACUCCAAAGGAUUCCUUCAGCAAGCCUGAGAAAUUGGCCACAGCAGCUAGGCAAAUUUACUCUGGGCUACCUGGUCUUAGUUCCAUUGAUAUCAGCAAUUUUGGUGACUCCAUUAACAAGAGUGAGGGAAUGUCUUUGAAGAGAAGGCGUGUAUCCUUUGGUGGUCAUCUGAGACCCGAGUUAUUUGAUGAAAACUUGCCUCCUAAUACACCACUCAAAAGAGGAGAAACACCGACUAAGAGGAAGUCACUUGCCCCUCACACUCCAACAGUCCUAAAGAAAAUUAUCAAGGAACGGCCUCAGUCACCAGGGAAGCGAGAGUCUCCUGGAAUAACUCCACCAAGCGCAAAUGAUCAAAGACGCAGUUCAGGCAGGAGUGUACCUGCUUCCAGUGGCAGCAGAUCCUUACCUCAGACAGACACUCCCAAAAAAGCAGGCAGGAAGAGUGGCAACCUGCCUGCCAAGAGAGCAUCUAUCAGCCGAAGUCAGCAUGACAUUUUACAGAUGAUUUCCUCCAAAAGAAGGAGCGGUGCUUCUGAAGCCAAUUUGAUUGUUGCAAAAUCAUGGGCAGAUGUUGUAAAACUUGGCACGAAACAAACACAGACAAAAGUUGUAAAACAUGUUCCUCAAAAGCAGGCAAGCAAAAGACAAAGAAGACCUAAUACUCCCAAGAAACCUACAAGCAACCUUCAAAAUCAGUUUAGCACAGGUCAUGCAAACUCUCCCUGUACCAUUGUAAUAGGAAGAGCUCAGAUUGAAAAAGUAAGCAUGCCUGCUCGGCCCUACAAAAUGCUGAACAACUUGAUGUUAAACCAAAAAAUUGACUUCAGUGAAGAUCUGUCAGGACUAACUGAAAUGUUCAAGACUCCAGUGAAGGAGAAGCAGCAGCAGAUGAAUGACAUGGGCUCCAUUCUUUCCAAUUCAGAGAAUUUACCUGAAAAACAGUUUCAAGUAACUAAUUCAGGAGACAAACCUCUGCCUUUCACCUCAGAGAUUUUGGGUUGGUUUAUUUGUCUGUUACCUCUCUUACACUUUUGA